UCUUUCUAAAGUUUAUAUUUGAAUUUGGCAUCCCCCUAGUCAGUAAAUUCCAGUGACUCCUUUCAUCUCCAGCAUCAAAUACAAAAUAUUUGGCUUUUAAAGUCCUGCAUAACCUGACUCCCUCUUACCUUUCCAUCCUCUUAUUCCUUACUCCCUGCCACAUUGUACUGUUCAGUAACACUGGCCUCCUUGGUUCCUCUAAGACAUUCCAUUGCCCAUUGACUGGGCAUUUUUCAUUGACUUCCCUUUUGCCUGGAAUGCUCUCCCUCCUCAUCUUGGCCUCCUUGGCUUUCCUGGCUUUUUUCAAGUUUCAGUUAAAAUCUCACCUUCAAGAAGCCAUUCCUGAUACCCUUAUGACAGUGCCUUCCAUCUGAAAUUAUCUCCAAUUUUUCUUGUAUAUGUCUUGUCUUACUCGUACAUAGUUGUUUGCAUAUUGUCUCCCCCAUUCGAUUGUGAGCUCCUUGAGGGAAGGGAGUGACCUGUCUUACCUGACUUUAUAUCCUCUGCACUUAUCACAGUGCAUGACACAUAGUAAAAGCUUAAUAAGUAUUUGUUGAUGACUUGACUUAGAUUCAACUAAAAGAUAUUUAAGAAUUUCUACAUCCAAGGAAAUCAGGAAUAAAAGAUGAAUUACACAGUUUGCCUGAGUGAUGAGCAAAAUAUCUCUUCUCAUCAAAAUAAGGACCUACCAUAAAUAAGGAUUUCUUUAUUCUUUAAAGCAAGACUUUAGUGUUGUAAUCAAACAAGCAAGACAGGAAGAAUGGUGAAGAAACAAAGACAAAUUCAAAAUCUGCUUUCAAGGAAAUUUUCAUAUUUAUAUAUGCAGUUCUAGUCUCUGUUGAUCUACAGUCCCAUGGCUUUAUCUGCCUCUAAGACAUCUGCAUGUCUGAUAGGCAUUUCAAACCCAACACAUCCACAACAUUCAAUUCUUUCUUCUGAGCUUUCCUGUUAUUAUCGACAUCCCCCCUUUCUCUUUAUCAUGCAGGCCCACAGCUUCAGUGUCAUUUUUGAUGUCUCAUUCACUCCACAUAAUCUUACCAUUUCUACCUUUAUAAAUCUCUGGUGUAUGUUUCCUUCUCCCUAUUCAUAACAGCCAACACCUAGUUCAAACCCUCAUUACCUCUCAAAUAUAUUAUUGCAAUCACCUUCUAACUGAUCACCUUGCCUCAAAGUGCCUCCCUCCAGUCCAUCCUUAAUUGCCAAGGUGAUCUUUCCAAAGUAUGGAUCUGACCACAUCAUCCCCUCUGCUCAAGGAACUCCAGUGGCUCCCUAUUAUCUCUAUAAUCAUAUAUAAACUUCUUUGACAUUAAGAUUUUCAUAAGCUGGUCCCUUCCACCAUUUCCAACCUUCUUGCACCUUACUCCCUCCCCUUCUCAUGUUCAUAGCUACACUCAAACAUAACAUUCCAUCUCUAUACCUUUGCACCAACUGACCCUUUCACCUCUGCCUCUUGGUUUCUCUGCCUACUGUCCUCGAGACUACUCAAAUCUAACUUUCUGAAGGAGACCUUUCCUGGUUCCAUUACCCCCACCCUAACCAAGAUGCUAAUGCUACACACACCCAUAUAUAGCUUAUAUGUGCCUGGAUAUUUGCAUGUUUUCUCCUCCAUUGCCAUAUACAUGUAUACAUUCUUUGAGUGCAAAGACUUUUUUUUUUUGCCUUCACAUUCCUAGCACUUGGCACAAUGUCAACACAUAAAUGCAGGGAGGUGGCACAGUGGACAGAGUACUGAAUCUGGAUUCAGAAAGAUCUGAGUUCAAAUACAGCUUUGGGCAUCUAUUAGCUGUGAUCCUGGGCAAGUCACUUAACCUCUAUCUGCCUUUGUUUCUCAUUUUUAAAAUGGAGAUAACACCUAAUGUUCAACAUUGUUGUGAGGAUAAAUGAGGUGAUAUUUUUAAGCACUUUGCAAACCUUCAUGUUCUGUUCUGCAAAAAUACCAGCUAUUAUUAUUAUUCUGUUGUUGACUGACCGACAUUCUAAUGAGAGAGACAAUGUGUACAUAUAUAGGUACAUAUUAAAGAGGAAGGCAUUGGCAAGUAGGGGAGCCAAAAAAGGCCUCAAAUAGAAAAUAAUAAUGUCAUUGAAAAGGUAGGAUGGGACCAGGCUGAUACAGGCUUUAAAUGCCAAACAGAGGGCUUGAUAUUUGAUCCUCAAAGUAAUAGGGUGUCACGGGAGUUUGCUGAGUCGGUGGCAAGGUUAAUAUAGUCAGACCAAUGCUUUAUAAAGAUUGAUUUGGCAGCUAAGAGAGUAAGAGGCUUGAGGAAGGAAACAUUUAGGAGCAGUGAUCCAGACAAGUGAUGAAGAUCUGUGAGGAGAAAGACAGAAAUAUGUGUGGAAUAUAUUGUGGAAGCAAUUUAUUUCCUUCAAGUCCCCCCCACCCCCUUCUAUAGGAAGCCUUUCCAAUGCAAGUACCUUCCCUCUGUUGAUCAUCUCCUAUUAACCCUGUAUAUAAUUCGUUUCUACAAAAAACUGUGUACAUGUAUAUGUAUGUAAAAAGGUUUCCCUUCUUAGAUUGGGGCAGGGACUAUCUCUUGCCUUUUGCUGCAGCCCCAGUGUUUAGUACAGUGCCUAGCACAGGUAGGUGCUUGAUAAGGGUUUACUGUCUGUGUUGGUGUCAUCUCUCCCUACUAGAUCAUAAGCUCCUUGAGGGUAGGAAAUGUUUUGCUAAAUUGUCUUCCCUUAUACCUAGUACAGUGCUCUGUAUAUAGCAUUAUAUGCUAAUAUGUUCAAAUAGCAUAUAUGUAUGGGGAACUUCAUUCCAAUAGAGAAAUCCUCAAAUUCAUUCAUGAGAGCCUUUGUUUCAAUAAGAUGGAUUAUACUAUGCCAUUCUUGAGUCCCAGUGGAUAGGUACCAGGAUGAAGCACACCGAGGCUUUAAGAUUGUAUAAGUCUCUUAAAAGGAACAGUACAAGUUUUAAUAAUAAAAAAUAGAAUGUCCUGCCUCAUGAAAGACUGAAUAUAGAGCAUUCUAGGCUCAUUAAUAACACAUUUGCAAAUCAACUUUCAGGGCAAACCAGCUCUGCAGCUGGCUAAUAUAAUCCAUUAUACUCAAGUUUUCAUUAAUAUUAUGGAGAUAACUUUAUUAAUUUCAAUAAUACCGUGUAACUAGCCCCAGAUUCUGGAGAUAAACCUAGUUUGGGCCCAGCAGCACUGUAUGCACUGACUAUGGUACUUAUUUAAUGAUAUACAAUGCAAUAUUGUACAGAAUGCAAGAAUGAGAAAAUAAUCCUUCCCAAAGCUGAAACUAGGGAAAGGUCAUAGUCUUUUUACUAGAGCAGAAAGUUUGCCCCUAAGUGAAAAAUGAAGAGGCCAUACUACUCUUAUUAAUAGGUCAGGACAGAGCCCACAGACAAGUGGGAGCUAUGGCAACAGGAGACAAGAUGACAGGAUGAUAAGAGCAGGAGCUAAAAGCCCCCCUAUAGAGGAAAAGCAACUUGACUGAGAUUCUGUAUCUUGUAGAAUCUCCUAAGGAAGCAGUAGAGAGAGGACAGGUGUUAUAAUUGGUGCAAUGGAGCAUGUCAUUCAAACUCUUAUCAGCCUCACUGUACUUAUUAGUAAAAUAAAGAGUUUGGAAUAGAUGGCCUCAAAGGUCCAUUUUAACUCUAAAUUCAUAAACCUUUGGAUUUAUGCUUCCACCUAGAGAUGGGGAAGGAAGCCCAGCCUCAAGACUUUCAAGUCUAAGAAGGAAGAAACUAGCAACCUUAGAACUUAGUUGUCAAGAAUAAAGUAGAAAAAAAGGAAAAAAAGGAAAAGGGGGGAGAACAAAGGAGGAAAUUAACAGCUCAUUUCCUCCCCUUAUGAGAUAGCUUACCAACCAAAGGUUUCUUGGUAUCCUUGAGUCUUUGUCUCUUCCCAUCAACUAGUUAAGAGAGAAUUCCUGUAAUUAACCUGAACUUUGACCAAAUGCUGCAGGCCCUACAUGGAAAUAUAUAUAGCUACAAUUCUAAUCCUAUAUCUGACAUUAGUCCAUUUCAGAAGAGGUUGGAUCAGAUGAUCUCUCUGGGCUCUUCCAGUGCUAAAUCCUAAGAAACUAUGAUCUUUACUCUGAAAGGCAAUGUGACUUAAUGGAUUGAUCCAGGAGUCUAAGAAACAACCUGACCAAAUUACCUACCCUCAAAGUGGCAGGUCUCUGAGGCUUUCCUUAUCCAGGAGCUCAGCAUUUAUUAGGUCCCUCAAUAGGAUAAAAAUGGCAAAGCAGUUGGUUUGAUCUCCGUUAUUUUUAGUCUCUAUUGCUUUUCACCCAGAAUUUGAGACUUCAUAUACUAACUGAUCAAAACAAUUAAUUUAUAAUGUUUUAAUCAGACAUUCUCUUCCAGAGCACCCUGCACUGUAGAUGUUUCUAUCCUUUCUCCAAAACCAAUUGGGGAAACCUUAGUUAGAUUUGCCAAGGAAUUUAGGACCAUUUAAUCAAAAUUUCCAUCUGAUGAAGCAAUCUCUUCUAGUGAUGGUGAACUGACAGCAUGACAAGGAAACCUUUUUUUUUUUACUGUCAAAACUUAAUAAUCCUAUAUUCUGCUUCUUAUGUGUUCUCUCUCUUUUUUAUAAUGACUAUAGGUAAAAACAGAUGUUUUUACUUAAAACAGUUACUAAGCUUUUAAUUCAUUUCUUAGAUAAGAUUUCAUAGUGUCCUUUAGGAGAACUAAAAGAGUAAACCUAAUGUGGUGAGUUUCUCAAAGGAAAACUGACUGUCCAGCAAGCCUUUGAAUCAGUCAGCAUGCAUUUAUUAAGUGCCUACUGUGUGUCAGUCUCUGUGUUAAAGGCUAGAAAUACAAGCAGAAAGACAAUUCCUGUCCCAAGGAACUUAUAUUGUAAUGGAGGAAAACAACACAAAAGGAAGCCAAAAAGGGAGGGAAGGGUAUCAGCUUUGGGGGACAUGUUGGAGAGUGUUCAGAAGCCAGCCUAAAGUAGAAUAGAGACUUAAAUAGAAGUUCUUGGAGAAGCCAUUCAAUAAGAAGGAAAAGAUAAAGAGCUGGAGGGUACUUCCAAUGUAUGAAUUCCAUGGCUGCAGUUAGCAUUCACUAUGUAGAGGGUUCUGGGGCAUGGUAGAAAUCUGGAGGGGGUACGUUAAAAAGUAUUUUUGAGAAAACAGCAAAGGGUUCUGAGAAAAGCACCCAGUGAUUAAAAGAAUGGAAAAAUAGAUCCUAUGGAGAGAGGUCAGAGCAAUAGAGACUGUUUAGUCUAGAAAAGAGAAAGCUAAGAUUAACUGUCUCCAAGUAUGUGAAGGGUUUCUGUGAUGGGGAUGCCAACCAGUUGUUUCCCAUAUCCUUGGAGGAUCAAGCCAAAGGACAUGGGUUUAAAGUAGGGAGAUUUCCUUUGGACAGAAAGCAGACCUCGUAGGUCAGCAUGACAAAACAAUCAGAUGGGCUAAUGAGGAAGCUUUGGAGUCUUCAUCCCUGGAGAGCCUCAGGAAUAGAAGAAUCAAGCUCCAAUGGAUUAAGCCUUUCCACCAGUCAUUGGAAGUUCUGGCAUUCACUUAAGCAGAAAAUGAUUGUGUCAUUCUUAUAUAAUUUGAAAGUACGUACCUGAGCAGUUUCUGAGAACAUACUCUGAUUGACGAUGUGUUAACUUUCUCAGCAAGGCUAGACAGCCAUUGAUCCUGCUAUGGAUUCCAUUCUGAAGACAGGUGUCAUGGUUAGGUAUUCUGAAAUCUGUAUCUAACGAAAAGUGUUAAUCCUCCAAACAAAAUAACAAGCAAACAACCUUUAGGCUUGAAUUUUCUCACCUCUGGGUUCAGAAAUCUGGGAGGAGAGAAUUUGAUAAAAAAAAAAGCCAAGGUGAACAGUUUCUUCUCUAAGAAGAGAAUUAACCAAGGGAGGGUCUCUUGCCAAAGUUCUUUUUGACUGACCCUUAGAAUGCAGCUGUUAAGGUAGUUGCCUGACUUUUUCUCAACUAAAAGGACAGCAACAAAUGGGAAACUAUUAAUCUUAACAAUAUCUUACUUAUAGUAGCAAUUACAAUCAGCAUUUAUUAAGCCUCAGGACUACCCUAAGCAUCUGCUGGGCACAUUUGUCUACUCAGGAAGUAAUAUAAGCUGCAUGUGUGCAUUAAUUUUCAUUUUAAGCAUCUGGGAAUCACAUUCCUUGAAAUGAAUUUAGACAGAUUAACUUUAUUUGGAAGGGGGAAUAACAAGAAAGAAUUUAGAUUUGUUUUGUUAUGUAACAUUGAGAAUUUCUAUAAUGCUACCCACAAAUAAUAUUAUCCAUGCUUGUUUAGGAAUAAAAUCAACAAUUUGGAAAAUGUAUUUGGGAGGGACAGCUAGGUCCCUCAGUGGAUUUAGAGCCAGGUCUAGAGAUGGGAGGUCCCAAGUUCAAAUUUGGCCUCAGAUACUUCCUAACUAUAUGAUGUUGGACAAGUCACUUAACCCUCAUUGCCUAGCCCUUGCCACUCUUCUGCCUUGGAAUUAAUACGCAGUAUUGAUUCCAAUUUGGAAGGUAAGGUUUGGGGAUUUUUAAUGUUUGGGGGGACAAAAAGGACUCUCCCUCUUGACAGUUUGGGGGGGAAUCAUGGACAGGCAUAUGAUUUUAUGAGUCAUAUGUCAUAGCAUCACAGAAUUUUUUUGAAUACUGUAGUUGAACUCAAGAAGACUUGAGUAUGAAUCUUACUUUAGACACCUGCUAGUUAGGUGUCUACACUGGAAAAGUCACUUAAUCUCUCUCAGCCUGUUUCCUUAUUUGUAAAAAUGGAGAUAAUAGAAACUACCUCAUAGGGUUGUUGGGGGGAAAUUAAAUGAAAUUAUAUAUAUCAUAUAAAAUGUGUAUAUAUCUAUAUACAUGCAUAUAUAAUGUUUUGUAAACCUUUAUGUACAUAAAUGUGAGCUAUUAUAAUUAUUCAUUUUAGAGCCAGAUUGAACCUGAGCAAUCAUCUCUACUAACCCAGUACCCUAAAGAAACCAACAGGAACCUCCACUAUAGCAUUCUUGACAAUUUGUCAAGCCUCUGUUUGUAGAUAACAAUAAGGGAGGACCCAUCACCUUUUGAGGCAGACCACUCCAAUUUUGGAAAGUUCUAGUUGCUAAGGAGUUUAUUUUUGUUUUUUCCCUGAUAGUCUAAAUUUGCUUCUUCCAUAUGGCAGACCCGCAAAUAUUUAAAGCCAGCUAUUAUGUCCACUCUUAAUCUUAUCCUUUUUAGGGUAAACAUAUCCAGCAUAUGGAAAAAUGGACAGCAGGAAGGAAGGGGCAGAUUUUCAUGAGAUUUUCAGAUAAAGGUCUGGACAUGCAACUGUUAUGUCUCUAUUUCCCCAUAAGGCAAUAACAUCAAAUCAAAAUGGCCUACUUAUGAUGAGAAAGUUAGAUUUCUAACUUCCAAAUUAGCAAGCUUGUAGGAGAGAGUUUUCACUAAUUCUAACUAGAACCAGCACAGAACUGGUUAAGUUAAGCUGGUUAAGGCACAGCCUUAAGUGCCAGCAUUAUAUAAAGGGAGCCAGGCCUUGGAGAGGGGACAAGAUUUCUCUAGCCAUUCAGAGGCAUUCUCACUUCUUUCUUCAUCCAUCAGAACAUCGCUACACCAGGGAUCUGUAAUUUCCUUGCUAUGGAAGCUAUCUUUAACAGUGGAGAUCAUAGUCUGCUUAUAGCUCAUGGGGAAUUACAUAAAGCAAUUGAAGUUCAUUGAUUAUCAGAGGAAAUUUGUUCUAAAAAAUUGAAGAACAUGAGCAUAGGAAAGAAUUUGGUAUUGUAAUGUUUAGCAAACACAUAUUAGUUGGGAGGCGGUAUGGUAUAAGUGGGUAGAGCACUGGCACGAGAGUCAAGAAGACCUAGGUUCAAAUCCAGCCUCUGACACAUACUGGUUAUAUGUGACUUUGGUCAACUUACUUAGCCUUUCCAUGUCCUAAGCAUACUAAUAACACUUAAUUGCGGAAGUUGUUCAUCUAGGUUGGAGAGAGGGUUUCCUCACUGAGAUUUUCCUAUACCAGUGAGAUUACAGAUUAACCCUUAAAAUGCUUACCCAGAAACAAAGAUGUGUGGCAAGAACCAAAUAUAGUAAUGUAAGCAUUUUUGUUUUCAGUGAGCAACAAAUCCAAGAGCUCAGAAUGGAGAAGGCAAAUCAAAAUGAAUUAGUAUGAUUUUCUUCCAGCUGUUGUUCUAGCUUUGCUUAUGCCUAUAGGGCAUACCCAGACUGGCCACACUUCUGCACUUCUCUAAGAGGAAGCAAUUUAGAAGGAAUACCCCAUGUGUGUCAUGGCAGACCCUUUGACCAUGUUGGUGAACCUAUGGCACACAUGCCAGAGAGGGUAGUUCCCUUACCCCUCUCCACAUGUGCCUGGGGACAUGUCUCACAUCACUGGCCCCGCUGCCCAGCAGUCCAAUGGGAGUGCUUCCUCCCUCCCCAUCCAGGGUAAGGUGGGGGGGCUCACAUGUGGCGUGAGGGUUGCAGCUUGGACACUCCAGUCUCUAAGGUCUCUAAAAAGUUCACCAUCACUGCCCUAUAGCAUGUAAUUUAGUUGGAGAGGAGGAAGUUACAAACUGGUUUUGGUUCUGAGCCAAUCCAGGUGAAGUAAAGACCACCUUCCUCAAGCAAGUUGGUCUUCAAUGAAGUAUUGGAAGGAAAAAAUUGAGCCUCUCUAUUUAAACCAUGGAACACAAAAUUGCAACAAAUUGUCAUUUCAGAAGAUGAAUGGCACAGGAUGUGCUUAAUGGUGAUCAUAUCAGCCUUGUUAUGAUGGCAGGUCAUGUAUAUUAUAAAUUACAUUUAUCAAUAAUAAUAACAGUAAUAGAGGUAGUAUAGUUGAGAUAGGGCUGGACCUGGAGUCAGGAAAGGGUUCAAAUCUAUUAAAUCUAUUUCAGACAUUUCCUGGCUGAGGAUCACACUAUUUUGUGCCUCAGGCAAAAAUUCACAAGGACUUAAUCUACUAAAGUAAGAUAUUUUGAGUGAAGUAAAUUUUCCCCUAGGGAGUUUUCCAUGCUAGUGAAAUCAUCCUCUUUCCCAUGUAUAAGCAAAACUUAGUGGUCCAGCCCCCACAUAUAAUACUCAUGUAGGUUUAAUCACAUGAGGAGGGAAGCUGAAAGCUGGAAAGUAAUAGGUUAAGAUUAAGAACUAGAGAAAGUGAGGCUUAGAUGAAACAAAGAGACACAGAGCACGGAGAAAUUUUGCCUGGUGUUAGCAGGUCAGCACUCAAGAGUCAGAGAGUGUCCAAGAGAGCUGGCUGAGCAAAGUGCACUGUUUAUUAUAGGCUUCAAGGAUGUGGGGCUUGUGUGAUGUCAAUCUAAGAAGUGAAACAACAGAAGUAUUAGCAUACUAUUGACAACAGAUUGUAAGAUAAAGGAAUGGAUAGGAAGAAAAAAGCUCAUUUGAAAGUCCUUCCUGCCUGGAACACUGGCCCAAGUCUAUUCAGAUCUAAGAGUAUGUCUUUGACAUUUCAAAGGGCCUUUACAAAUAGUUAGCUAGUUUCCAGACUGCAGAUAAUAAUAGAGGCUUGAUUUUUAAGUUCCACAAAAUUAAAAAUCCAACCAAUUUAAGGAUUCAGAAAUCAAUCAUGUGAAAUAUAGAAAUAUAUCCAUUAGUCUGGUCCAUGAACACUUUGCUCAUUAGAAUCAGCUUUUGAAUACAUCUUUAAUACCUUCAUGAUUUGUUAUAAUUGAAACCCUUCAGUAACAACAACAAUAAUAAAAUAUAACAACUGUUUAAAAACUACUUGGCACCUUGAGAUUGUCAUUUAGAGGAACAAGCAUUCCCACCUCAGCCCGAAGCCCCAAGCAAGCUAUGAGAACACUAAGUCUUCUGUACCACAAAUCUCAGAAUGUCAGGUAAUUCUCAAACUUAUUAUCUACCCAUAUCUGUGAGGGAGAAGCAGAGAGAAUCAUCCUGGAGCUUAGAAUCAUGAUACAUCUCUAAAAAGAGAAUUAUAUCAAAUGAUCUCUGAAGUCCUUUUAGUAUUGUAUAAUCUAUGACCUUACAAGAAAUGUCCUUCCUAGUUCCCUAGCUUAUCUUUAAGGAUUAGAGAGGGCUGUAUAGUCUGCAUUUUCUGUUGAGGUUUUAUCUAGAAAAUUUCACAAAAAUAACCCAGAAGGAGUUUUCCCAACUCUAGUAGUCAUGUAGCAUGCAAGGGUAUAUAGAUAAAAGAGAUGGGGAAAGGAUGAUGGUGGAGUACAUGUCUUCUGAUUAUAAAGAAAGUUUAUUGGUUGACAAAUAUUAAAGGUUUCCCCAAAGUUCCCUAGCACUACAUUUUCCCACCUCUUCUUCAGUGUGCAACAACAAAUGAAUAUAUGUGUGUACUGUAAUGGAGGGUGGUUUUGGAGAUGGGAUGAGAUGUUUAAUUAUAGGCCAGAAUCAGAAGAAUAACUGUUUUGGGAAGGCCAACUGUGGGCUGACAAGCUAAUAGGUCCAGUCCAGGCAGAGCCUGUCCUGAGGCAAUAAACACAGACCACUAUAUAACAGGGACAGAUGUUGGUUGGAUUUAUUAAACAAGGGAAGAUGAAAGGGGGAUUUGGAUAAUUCCAAGCUAAUGUCAACUAACUAACCCCCCCCCCAAUCUAAAUGUCCUGUUACCAGGAGUCUUCACAGAUUUGAACUACACUGAUCCUUACCUAUCUGUCUAAGAUCCCAGAUCCUAAUAUAAAUAAACCUACACUAACCAAACCCCCACCCUUUUGAUGGUAAUAGAGGUCAUGGGUUUUGGCCAUUAGGCAGGACAGGGCCCAGGGAGAGGUCCUGGAUCCAGAAGGACCCCACACCUAAUCUUACAGACAGAUGGUUCAGGAUCACACUAGGAAGCUCUGUAGAUAUUAACCAGCCAGUAGGGAAGCAGGUAGGAUGGAAAAGAUAAGGUAGAAACAGCUGCCAAGGGAAAGCAGCCAGUCCCUCUUGGUCAAACCAGAGAAAGACCCAGCUCCAAUCCUCCCGCAUUCUAGAAUCUUUUCUCUGCAUCUGCAUCUCCCUGCAAACCCACCUCAUAUGCUCAAAUCCUCUCUUCCUUACAACACGACAUAUAUAUAUCUAAUGUGUAUAAGAAAUAUACACAUAUAAUGAGUGAAUAUAUGUAUAUACUUUUACACACAUAUAUUCAUUUAUUAUAUAUGUACCAUAUAAUGCAUAAUCAUUUAUUAUGUAUAUAUAGACAUUGCAUAUAUAUUAUACUGUAUGUAUAUAUUUAACUCCUAUUAUAAUAGCUGACAUUUAUAAACAUUUUACAUGUAUUAGUUCAGAUACACAGAAGUAGCCUAGUGGAAUGGUUUGAGUUGGCUUUGAAAUCAGCAACAUGUGGAUUCAAGUUCCUUAACUGCUCACUGAACCAAAUCAUUCACUCUUAUUAGAUUAUACGUUGCAGAGACAGUAGUGAUCUCCAUUGGUAGAGGGAGUUCUUCACCCAGAGCUCCUGGCAUUAAUGAAAUCACAAAGCCAGAAAAAAAAAUCUUAAUUGCCAUCUGAUUCUUUUCUUAAAUUGCCAUACAUUGAUUGCACAUGUAUAAACCAUGUCAAAUCACUUAUCAUUUCAGAGGUGGGAGGGGAGGGAGAGAAUUUGGAACUCAAAUUUAAAAAGAUGAAUGUUAAAAAUUGUUUUAACAUGCAUUUGGGAAAAUAAAAUGUAAUUAAAAAUUAAAUGGCUAUGUACAUAUUUCCAUUUAUCUGGGGCUUUUCUUGAAAGGGUGUAUUGGACAAAAACUCCUACUUAUGGGCUAACAAGGAGAGAGUUAGCUGUCAGCUUUGUACUGAUUCCCAACAGAGACAACAGAUAAAGCACAGAACAUGGAUGAAAUUUAUAAGAUCGCCUCCACAGAGAGGAUCCAGCAGCUGGAAAAAGAAAUGGAGGUUCAGCUGGCUGAACUUAAGACAGAAAUACAAGAACACGGAGCUCUUAGGAGAUCACCUCAUAGGGUGUACAGUUCUGUCCGAUUACCAAAGGAUGUUUCUUACUUUAGAAAAGAAAGGGAACUGGCAUUAAGGAAAAGCUUACAGGUGGCUGAAUCAAAGCCCCUUGUUAUUCAAGCGGAUGUCAUUCAAGCGGAUGUCCUGCAGAGGGAGCUAGAAAGCUGUUUGAGGAAAGAAUACACAGUUGAAAACUUACCUUUACUUCUGUACCAGUUUUACACAGAGAGAAUGAUCCAGUUGGUCCAGAGCAAAUACUUACACAUGUUUAGGUGGAAGAGGUUCUGCCAGCAAAGUAGUGCCAUGGAACAACUUUAUCCUCUUUACCAGGAGCAAGUUGGGCACAUUAUAAAGGAGUACGAUGAUGCUGUUCAGAGAGCUGAGAGGCUGGCAGUUGCCCGAGAAAACUUACUCAUGGGAAAGAUCAAUCCUGGACAGCUGGUAACACAGGAAGACCUAGUUAUCUAUACCAGGUGGCUAGUGUGUCACCUUCAUUCACUUAGAGACAUUCACAGCUUCCUGAGGGUACUACAGUACCUGCCUAUAUCUGACAGAUUGGAAGUAGCUGUAGAGGAACACCCUGAUCUGAAUCAAGAAAAUGGAGAUGUGUACACUAGACAUAUAGACCCUGAGACUCAAUCUACUCAUUGCCAGAGUUCUGGCUCUCCAACUUCUUCAGGAACCAGCACAUCAGGAUCGAUCAGAGAAGAAGCUACCCCUAUUCUGCCUCACCAUAAAACAGAAGCAGGAGAACUGAAGCCUCAGCUAGAACUCCUUCUGUCUCAUUUCAAUAUCUGCUAUAACACAGAGAAGCUAAAGAAUUCUGCUGACGAGAUGGAACUCUUUUCCAUGGUUGUUCAGAAGUUUCAGAGCAUCUUCCAUGAACAACAAAGAUUGAGAACAUUUCCAGUAUAUGAUGUCAAGGACGUGAAAGUCCCAAUCCAGGAUUCAUUAAAACCUAGCAUGACCUUUAAAAAGACAGCCGACUGGAUUACCUUCAUAAAGAUUAAGCCAAAACGUGAUCCUUGGCAGCAGAAGCUUUUGACCAAACUAAAGGAAAAAAACAGAAUAGAUUCAUUGAUGCAGCUGCACACAAAGUUCCUGAAGGUUUCCAACCCUCUGCGAGUGAUGAAGGCACUGCAGGCUCAUGCAUCAGCAACCCUGGAGCCAGCCUCAGGGUUUCAUUCCUUUGGGAAUUCUCAGGAUUUGAACCUGUAUACCUAUGACCAAAUCUGGGAGGAAAUAUAUAGCAACAUCAAUCUUCACCAGGGAGAAAAUACAGAGGAGGAAGAUCUUUUUGUGGAUGGCAGUGACCCUGCUGGACCCCAAAUCAGUCUCAACCAAUGUGCUGGGGGACUUUCGAGGAAGAAGAAACAAAUAGGGUAUAGUUACCUAGGGACCCUACAAUUGCUGGGACUAGAUGAAGGUGAUGAGACUGAAAAGAAAAAUCCUGUCAUGAUGAGAGGAGCCUAUCUAUCCUUCCUGUAUCUUCGACACCUAAAAAUCAGAGAGCUACAGCGUAUCUGUUUAGGAAUUCUGAAUUAUUUCAGAUCUGUAGAACGAGCCCUAACAAUCCACACCUCAGGCCUCACCUUGCAUUCAGGGAAUUUAGUUUCCAGUACUGAAGAUGCCUUUCCGGUAAAUACCAGAAGAGGAGGAAGUAGUAGUGUCCUUCAGAGCCUGCAAUCUCACCACCAUGUUCAUUAUACACCAGCAGAUCACAAGGUCCAGAAUGCCCAAUUCAUGGAAUUCUCAGAAAUGGAGCAUCAGGAUGACUUCUACACUAUGAAAGAUGGAUACAUCCAUGUCCAAGAUCAGCAGGGAGCUUACGUGAUGUACGAUUGUGCCUUACAAGAUCUGGAAGAACUGGAGAACCAGAUACUACUCCUAGUGAGCCAUUACAUCGAGAGAGAAAAAAGUCACAAAGGGACCCAUGAAUCCAGGGACAGCAGCCUUCCAGCAUGGGCCCAUGCAAGUGUGGAUCGAUUUGCAGUGAUGUUUGACAUAUGGACUUGGGAGGCCACUCUUCUAGAAAACAAAUGUCAGCUUCUUGACAUUUACUUUGAAGCUUAUCAACAUGUCUUUGAUCAAGAAGAAAGAACUGCCUUGGCACAGGUGAUGACAGACAUCAUAUACCGCCGCCCCAGGUUUGAUUUUAGCCACCCUUAUUUUGGGAAGAUCUACAGAGAUGAGUGCAUUAACCUAAGGCUUCAUCUGCAGCUGGUGAGGGACGUAUUCAACAGACAUAUAGAGUCACAACGGAAAUAUAUCCAAAGAAUAUGGCGAGAUGGUAAAAAAAGCAAUAUUAAUGAAUUUGGACUUCCUCCAAACAUAAUUUGCAAAAAACUUAUCUCUAUUAACAACAGCUGCCCAGCUUUAAAAAACAUUUACCUGUUGGAGUUCCAUCCUUCCCUCGGCCUGGUCUCCCUCAUCCCCACAGCUCUGCAGCACCUCUUCCGGGAGUUUCACCACAUCUUCAGGCCCCGAACGGCUCAUGGCAUCACCCUUCUGGAGAAACAGGUGCUCCAGCUGGCCCUGGAUACAUGGAGGUCUGGGAGAAAGCCCGAGUCUCUCUACAGUGCCCAGCUUCAGAAAGAUUUAUUUUCAGAUGCCGUGAUGGGCGAUCCCUUUCUUGUGGUUGAGACAGGCAUGCUGGUUCUAGACUCUGUAACAGGGGAAGGAAAGAAACAAAGCAGAGAUUCUCAAGCUUUUCUUCUGGAGACCUUCUCUAGACUUUUGGAACUCUUGACUCUCCGCCACCGACUGAUAGAAAUAAGUGUAGAAAGUGCUCACUUAGCAUGGCUCUACAAGAUAUUUGCCCAAGAAAUGGGUUUUGAUGAGUUCCAUUUAUACUUGAGGCCAGUCUACUUUGAAUUUGUAUCACAUAAGGAGAAGGCAGAGCAACCACCUCCAACAUUCAUUACAACUCUCCUAGAAGAUAAUAGUCGUGUAGACAGAUAUGCACCCUCUACACUUCCGUUGGCCAUCUCUGAAGUAGAUGAUAAUCAUGUUGGAAAAUUUAGUUUUCACACAAAGGAAAAUAUGUUUCAGCUCUUGUUACAUUCUGGAGUGGAAAACAUGCAAGUGACACUUGCUUGCCAGACUGCUCAGAAAAAUGCUCUCAUGGUCACUGUCCAGCAGGCUGCCUUCUGCCACAGUCCACAGUCCAUCUGCCCAGUGGACAGACAGGAAGGAAGUUCUCAUCUGAGGAGCCAUGAGAGGGCAGAUUCCACCCAUGGAAGGAACAGCACUGGGAAUGGUAGAGAAAGCACAUCUUUGGCCAUUGAAGACUCAGGCUCAGUCUUCCCCUCUUCUCCAGGAGCCCAGGCUACUAAAAGGACGCCAGAGGCUUUUGUGUCUAUUCAACUGGAAAAGCUGGGACUACGUGACAUGAUGUUGAGUACCUUCCUCCAAAGGAAGGAGACCAUGAACAAACCAGUAAAGAAGCCUGAUGAAAUUGAGAAAGUCAAGAGAGAAGUGAUUGUAGAAUACUGUCAGAAGCUAAAUCAUUGCAUGUCCCAGUACUCUCUCCGGGGGCAGAUCAUUGCUUACUGCAACAGCCUAAGAGCCCUGCUGGAAGACUUUCCUACCAUCAGAAAUACCUUCUUCAUGAUUGGGCAGUCACACGAGAGAAAAGGAGAGAGGGACUCCAAGGAAGGUCUCCAGGCUAACCCCAGGAAUUUUCAGUCCCGGCCACGACGCUUGCUGUCUUCUGAUGGAAGAACCUUCCUCAAUUUAUGGUUCAUACCCCACCACUUGGAAGUGUUGAUCAUGUUCAAAACUCUUCCAGAAAAGGCAGCCUUUAGGGCUCUCAAGCUCACUUUGAGGAUUAUAGCCUCCUUGCAUGACAUCGUCGCCUAUCUCUUCAGCUUUGCUAAACUUGGAAGUGGCAAGGAAUCUUUCCAUCUUCCUCUAAGUCCCAAACCACUCAAAGCUGACUGGGGAGGAAUUGAAGGCAUUGGGGCUGAACUUAGAGAUGUGCAGAGAAUGAUCGACAGCCUUCAGAACCCCCAAGAUCCUAACCAAGUAGCCCAGUCACUGAUGAUCAGAAGAGAAGUUAUGUUUCUACAGUUUGACACAGCCGUGAGACACCUUAUCCGGGGAACAUUUUUGCUUGCUGGAAACAUUUCUGCCUACCAGACUGUCACAGAUUCCUUAUUCCACGCAUUACAGCCAAUGAACAACUCUCUGGUAAAGUCUGUGUUUGCUUCGCAAUUCUGCCUUCCUCAGCCCCUUGAUCCACAGAGCCACCAGGCAUUUGUGCUAUUUCCUUGGAGGACAUUCUUGGCAGAUGGAGGACCAUUUCCUGUUCUCCUCAGCAGCCCAGACCCCCUUGAGUAUAAUAUGCAGCUGUGCCUGUGUGGCCUGAAGGAUCAAGACCGAAAAGUGGCUCACGGGGAGCUGACAUCUGUACAGUUACUGAUGGAGGAUGUGCUCCUGUGCAGCUACGAUAGGAUGACGGAGGAUCCCCAAGGACUGCACACCUCACUGGAGAAACACACGCAGUCCAAAGUGAUCAAAAUGGCUGAAUUAAGUGGAAAUCCAUCAUGGGGCAGCCUGAAGACCUCUAGAACACUGGAGAAGCAACGAGAUCCACUGCCCGCCUAUGCCUUCCUCAGAUCUUUUCUUAUUAUCUGGAAGCAGCUUGAGGUGCUAAAGGAGGGAUGGGGCCGGCUCAGACUAGGGGUGGCAAACAUCAACACAAUUGCUCUAUAUCAACAGUUUUUGGAGCUUUACGGAGCUGAUAUUCUUUAUCCUACUAUGAAAACCAUAGCCAGGCACAUGGGUAAAGAAGAUGAAUUUGAAGGACUAGUAAUAAGUUGUCGGUCUAUACUUCCUCCCAAAGGAGCUUCAGAAGUUGAAAUCAAAACCCGCCAGCUUCAAAAACUUCUGGAAAAUCUUGAAAUUCAUAUGAUCCAUGAGGUAUUAAGAAAAGUUAACAAAGAAAUAGCCUUAGUUAUGUCAGAAAAGGCUAAAGAAGAUUCUGGUCUCCCUACAGAGCUCUGGAAACACCAAGUUCUAAAAGAAAAUGUGCCCAUUAUAAGGCCACAAAUAGUUGAAAAUUUUAUACAGCGGUUGAUGGAAAAUUCCCAAGAUGGUGAGCUUGAGAUCACCUUUAAGAAAGACCACCUGGACGCGUGUCUCCUUUCUCUGGGCUGUGAUGUGAUGGCCAGAGAACGCAGCAACUUCGAGACCUAUUCUGAGUUUUAUGAACAUUUGUUGCAGCAGGCCCGCCGGAUGCUCCACCAGAAGGAACAAGAACUAAACACAGUAAGAACAGCUCAAAGUCCACCUGAAGAAAAUGUCCAUCAGGUUGCGGGGCUCAUGCAGGAUAUGAUCUUGGAAAUCACUGCUCUUAGAGCCAGGCUCACAGAUCUAGAGGAUGAGAAUCUCAACCUCAAGGAAAAAAUAAGAAAAGAAGUCCAAGAGGAAUAUGAAGCCUUAGUUCAAGCCUUAUUUGUGACCUGUUUACACAUCAAAGAGAAGCUGGAUGAAUAUCAGCUUAAAAUGAGCCGGAAAGUAUGUGAUCUCAUCGGUGAAGUGAGAAAAGAAGGGGUUGACAGGAUGAUUGAUCUGAAGAAAAAACUUGGCUUCAGCAAAGCUGCUAAUGGAUCAAAAGAAAAUUUAGCCAAAUCAAUAGGGAUGGUGCCCCUUCGUUGGCAGGAGCAGCUUCAGGCCUUACAGGAGGAAAACAGGCGCCUGGAGGAGCUGGUGAGCAAGGGGAAGGCCAUCAGCCACUGGAGACUAACCGUGCAGGAGCGGCGGCUCCAGGGGCAGCUAAGAAACACCCAAGAGGAAGCUACUCAAAACAAAAAAAAGUAUUUGCAAACCAAAAUAAUGGCAGAACACGAGAGUCUUUUACUGCAACAACAAUUAUUGGUCUUAAGGAAGGCCCUGGCCACAUUUCAAGCUAAGAAUUCAAAGAUGGAGAAGCAGCUUGACACACAGAAACAGUUGUUGAAGGAAUUUGAAUACAAAAUGACCCAUGAAACUCUAAAUAGGCAGCACUUGGAUGCAAUGAAAACAUCCAGCAUGGGGAAAUUAUUGGAGGACAUGGAGAAGAAAGAACAAAGACUCUCUCUCCUAACCGAGGAAGCAGAAAGAUCUUCUAAGUUGGGCCAACUUCAACAAAAGAAAAUUAAGAAAGAAAUUCAACAGAUAAGAAGCCAGCUUGCCCAAGAACGAAGUUUAAAGUUGGAUGCUUUCCAGCGGGUGGAUGAACUGCAGAGUCAGCUUUAUGAUAUAGAAAGUGCAUCAACCCAAAUAAACUCAUUGGGAGGCCUUCCAUCAUGGGCUAACCCCACUCGAAGCUCGGCCUCCACUCCGUGCAAGUAUUCCCAGCCGUGCCUUUUAAAGUCUGAGCUGAAAAGCAGCGAAAUAAAAAGGAUUCAAAGGCCCAGGACGGUACCCACUAAAUGCAGAAGAAGAGAAUCUUGCUUACCCAAUGUGCCCGAGAUUGUUCAGCCAGCAGGUGUCCGAAUCUCUACCGCUCAGCAGGCCACCUCUCCACUCAGGCCUACACACUGGUAAUCACAGCUGCUCUUUUCAAGUUCUAAAAGGAAUUAACUAUUCCCCUGCUCAAGUUACUGAAUAAAAAUGGUCAUAGAACAUUAAA